UCCGCGCGUGUAGUGUCCGGUGGCCUGACCCUCCCUGUGGCGGCGGUGCACACUGUGUCAUUAACAUUCUGCGAGUAAUAGUGCGAGCGUCGCCUAGUAACAGUAUAAUAUGUGUGGGGGAGGGAGAUAGACAGGUGUGACCUCCUCCUCCCUCAUUACCUGAGUGUAGGGUGUGGUGUGACCAUAAGGAAGCAGGAAUGAGAGCACACUCUGCUCUACCCCCCAGUCACUAGAGAGAGGAGGGAGCUGUGAGUGAGGACUCAACAAUGAACAAUCCAAUUCCUUCGAACCUGAAAUCUGAAGCCAGAAAAGCAGCAAAAAUCUUGCGAGAAUUUACAGAAAUCAGUUCUAGAACUGGACCAGAUAAGAUUAUUCCUGCUCACGUUAUAGCCAAAGCUCAAGGACUUGCUAUUUUGUCUGUGAUAAAAGCUGGCUUUUUGGUAACUGCCAGGGGAGGAAGUGGAAUUGUGCUAGCCCGUCUUCCUACUGGGCAAUGGUCCGCUCCUUCAGCGAUUGGAAUAGCUGGGCUUGGAGGUGGAUUUGAAAUUGGAAUUGAGGUGUCUGAUUUAGUUAUUAUACUAAAUCACAAAAGAGCUGUUGAAGCUUUUGCGAAAGGUGGCAACCUUACACUCGGAGGAAAUUUUACUGUCGCUAUUGGGCCUUUAGGGAGAAAUUUGGAGGGUGAUGUUGCAAUACGAAGUACUGCUGCAGUAUAUACAUAUUGCAAGUCACGUGGAUUGUUUGCUGGGAUAUCACUGGAAGGAUCAGGUUUGAUUGAAAGAAAGGAAACUAAUCGGAAGUUUUAUUGUCAAGAUGACAUUCGAGCGUAUGAUAUUUUGUUUGGCGAAAUUACACGCCCUUCUCAAGCUGAGGAGCUUUAUGAAAUUCUCGACUCUUUCACAGAAAAAUAUGAGCAUGAAGAAGAAAGCAUCAACAUGAGAAAAGCUGCCAGGGAACAGAAAAGGGCCAGAGAGGCAUCUACAAGACAAAGCAGGCCACGUUCUUACCCAGCUGCAAACAGAACUGAUGAUUUAAGAACGACACAAAAAAUGUAUCCUGAAAAAAAUUAUCCUGAAAUUUCUAACUACAAUGCGUCAGAGAGAAACUCUCGGAGCGACAAGACUGCAACAGCACUCUACCCUUUUGGAGGUCUGCAGCCUGGUGACCUUCCAUUUCAAGCUGGUGACAAGAUCACAGUGAUAACAAAGACUGAUUCACAAUACGAUUGGUGGGAGGGAAAAUUAAGAGGAAAUAUUGGAAUUUUUCCAGCCAAUUAUGUGAUGUUAAACUAGACACAUUAUUGCACAAUAUUGAGGGUUUCAUUUUACAUUUUUUUUAUUUGUGAAAAUGUGUGUAAAUAUUCAGAUUAAAUAUUAUACAAUUUAAGGAGAAAUGUAAAAUGAAUUUAAAAAUGGAAUGAGUUUAAUAUAUAAUUAUUUAGGGUAUCAAAAAUCAUCACAACUAAUCAUUUGGGAUUCUUACUUUUAUGAUCGUUUUCUCCCCCGCACACAGAUUUCUGAUAUAAGGUUGGACUAAUUGGCAUACAAAACAACACAAGUCACAUUGUCAUUUACACCUAAAGGGACACUCCACUGCCCAAAUAAAUAACAUGUUUAGUAGAUACACCCCUAAUAAAAACAUGCAUAUAUUUAAUUAUGUAUUUUGUCAUUGGGGUAUAUUUAAAUACAUUUGCAAAGGCUGAAGAUCUCUUGCCCUUGCAAGCCCGCGCCCUCUCCAGCCCAAAUUGUCUGUGGCUGUUCAAUUACUGCAGCUCACUGAGAGGUAUUUGCAAGGGUCCGGUUGCCUGAUUGCAGUGGCUCAAGGUGGUUUGCCAGCUCCCAUGCAAGGCCAGUAUUGCG